AUGUCCGCUAUUCAAAAAGUUGCCAUCACUGAACCGUUGGUGGAUGUUGUAGAUAAUGCGCAAGUUGUCACUAAUUAUUACUGCUCAAAAGAGAAAUUUCCAGGUGGUGCCAUUUGCAGGUUCCAUGCGGGGUGUUCGUGCCAUCCAUUGCUAUGGGUGCAACAGCAGGAACUCGAAGGACUCGUAGGGAUGAGCAUGGAGAGGUUUUUCUCUCAUUCCAGAAGCAAAGGGAGCUAUUGUUCAUACUGGUCUUGCCAGAACGGAAAAGACUGCGUCAUGCCCGGGCUCUAUGCCAUGGUUGAAGCAGCGGCUGUAUUAGGAGGAGUAACUAGAAUGACGGUGUCGUUGGUUGUGAUUAUGUUUGAAAUUACGGGAAGCUUGGAGUUCAUUGUGCCCACUAUGGUUGUCACAAUGUUUGCAAAGUGGAUCGGUGAUGCGAUUUCGAAAGGUGAUGCUCUCACUGUGAAGAAAGGUGAAGAAAUGACGAGUUACUUUUCCGUUGCACCGAAUGCUAGAAACGAAUGCGAUCUCGACUUCAAAAUCAAGAUGGAAUUCCAUGGUGAUCUUUGCGAUUUCGUCGAGGAAAAUAUCUAUACUGUGCGCUGA